AUGCUUACAAAACACUCUAAUACAGAAAGAAGAUCAGAAACAGCUUAUCUUAGAGAACAUUAUCCACAAAGUUUAGUUCAAUUUCAUAAAAUAGGAGUAAAACUUCAAAACGCACCAGAAAAAGAAAAUGAAGUUGUUGUUGAACCUGACGUACACUUUCAAAUUGAUGGUAAAGAAUAUCUUGUUUUUUUCAAUAACCAUUUAAGGGAAAUAAAUAAAAUUUUAAAUCGUUGGUUAGAAAUUGAAUUUUCAGAACAUGGGUUUAUUAUGCCAGAUAUUGUUAAAAGUGAUAUUAGAUGCAUUGCAGAUACGGGAAAACCAAAUACGAAAAAUAGAGUUUUGAAGACUUUUAUUCCAGGAUAUGGACAGUACCAAGGAAUCAGAAGUUGGUGUAAUACUGUAGCAAGAAUGGUAUCUUCAGAAUCACAAGAAGAUAACGAUAGAAUCGUCAGAAUAGCAUAUCAUGUAUAUCAAACAAAAAAAUUAAUUGAAAAAUAUGGAAGUGAAAUACGAUCAGGUAAAAUAUGUGCUAUAUGUAUUGAAAAGAAUUUCAAUGGGAAGAGUAAUUAUAUAAUAAAUUGUGAUGAAGAAUUAUAUCAAAAAUUAGAAUCAAAAUUAUUUGAAACAAUGUCAUCUUACAAAAAUAUAGAUGAAAAAUUUAAUACAUUAACUAAUUUUUUGUAUUGGUCUGAAAAAAAGAUUCAACCUUCAGUAGAUGAAUGGAGAAGAAUGCAUUUUUGUUUUGUAAUUAAUAGAGUGAAUUAUUAUCUUACAAGAGAAGAGGAAUUAUUAAUUGACAAAUCAUAUGAAGAAUUAAAAACAAUGACAAUUCUUAGAAGUAGAUUGAACCAGCUUGCAAUUAAAUAUAAAUAUUUGUAUUUAACAAAUACAGAAAUUCUUCUUGGAAUUACAAUGAGUAGAUGUAAAAUUCUUAUUGAUAAUAGAGAAUGUAAAAAAAUAUUUAUUGAAUGUUCAAAUAUUAGAGAACUAUAUGAAAAGAUUGAUAAAAGGUUAGACGCAGAAGUACAGAUUCUUACAAAAAGAUAUUCAUACAGUAAAGUUACAUUAGAAAAGAUUAUAGAAACAGCACAUCGUUUAGACCCAGAUAACAAUCAAGAUUUAAUAGAUAAAAUGAAAAAAGAAAUAAGUGAAUUAGAAAAUAAACGAAAAAAGCUAUUGGGAGAUGCAGCAACUGAAGUUGGAAAAGUAGUAAUUCAGAAAGUAGAAGAUAUAUCAGAUAUUGUUGUUUUAUUUCCUAAUAUUGGUUCAUUAAUACAACAAUUUAAUAUAAAAGAUAUAAUAGAUUAUAUGUGUACACAAGAUAAAAUAACAUUCCCACAACAAGGAGGUAAUGGUACUCCUCAGACAAAUUGUCAAAAUAAUACACCACUUGGAAUAGCAUUAAAAGCUAUCAACCUUACUCCAGAACAAUUAGAUAAAUUACAUGAAUCAUUUAAUAAUUUUGUUGAUGCACAAAAAAUAACAGAUGAAAUUGAAUCAUUUAAAGAACAAUUAAAUGUAUUGAAAAAAGUUCAAGAAUUAUCAAAUGAUUUUAUCAACUUACUCAAAUUUAAAAUAGUAUUGAAAAGGGAAUGGCUAUUUGAUGAAAUUGAUAUUAAUGAAUAUUUAAGAAUUAUUGUUACAGAGGAUAACAAAUAUGUUGUUAAUCCAGGAAUUAAUUCUGAACGUAAAUCUAAUCAUAAAAUAUAUGAAAUAGAGAAAGUACUGAAUUAUAAUGAAGGAAAUGAAGAAUAUUGA